UGGUCAAUAUGGCGGAUGAGAUGAGCCCUCUGUUAUAAGGGGAAAACAUCUGAACAUGUAAUUACGCGGUGUCUUGACUCUUGCGUGGAAAUUAUCGGUGAAGAGGUUAAGGCGUAUUCCUUUUCAACAUGGCGAAGACCAGAAAAAAGUCGGGGCCAGAGAAAACGGCCAAGAAAUCCAACAGCAGCAUGAACCCAGAUCGUCCAAAACCACCAGCAGGCUCUAACAUGAGAGACAAAGCAACAGUUAACAGGCUUAAGAUGUAUAAAUCAGGCGGGAAGGCUGUAAGGAAUAGAAAAGGAAAGAUAGUGAAGCCAGCUCCCUUUCAAAGCUCUGUUGCAUCAGGAGAAGUAGCAAGAGUGGCUCCAAACAGAAAAUGGUUUGGAAACACAAGGGUGAUAUCGCAAAAUGCUUUGCAAUCAUUCCAAGAUGAAAUGGGAAAAGUUCUCAACGAUCCAUACAAGGUUGUGAUGCGGCAGAGUAAACUUCCAUUGUCUCUGUUGAAUGACAAGGUACAGUCAGCUAGGGUGCACAUCUUGGAUACAGAAAGUUUUGGGACAACCUUUGGACCCAAAGCACAACGCAAAAGACCAAACCUUAAGGCAGCUGAUAUGAAGGGUCUUAUGGAAGCUGCACAGGUGUCCUCAGAAACGUACAAUGAAGAGAAAGAUAUGAACCUUGUCAGGGAAGAUGAUGGUGAGAGAGUUGAAGCUAAAGAAACACUGUUUACGAAAGGACAAUCUAAAAGAAUUUGGAAUGAACUUUACAAGGUUAUAGAUUCUUCUGAAGUUGUCAUACAGGUUUUGGAUGCCCGUGAUCCCAUUGGAACACGCUCAACCCAUAUUGAGUCCUUCAUGAAGAAAGAAAAACAACAUAAGCACCUUAUUUUUGUUUUGAACAAGUGUGAUCUUGUGCCAACUUGGGUAACGCAAAGGUGGGUGACAGUCCUGUCUGCAGAUCAUCCCACUCUUGCUUUCCAUGCAAGUGUAACAAACCCAUUUGGUAAAGGGGCUUUGAUCAACUUACUCAGACAGUUUGCAAAGCUUCACACUGACAAGAAGCAAAUAAGUGUUGGCGUUAUUGGUUACCCUAAUGUCGGAAAGAGUUCCAUCAUUAACACACUGAGAGCCAAGAAAGUCUGUAACGUGGCACCAAUUGCUGGGGAAACCAAGGUGUGGCAAUACGUGACACUGAUGAGACGAAUUUACUUAAUUGACUGCCCAGGGGUCGUGUAUCCAAGUGGUGACUCGGAAACUGAGAUCAUACUUAAAGGCGUGGUUCGUGUGGAGAACGUGAAAGACGCAGCCUGCCACAUCCCCGUAGUACUGGAACGAGUCAAGCAAGAGUACAUUGCAAAGACUUAUAAAGUAUCAUCGUGGAACGAUCCAACAGACUUUCUGGAACAAGUCGCGCAAAGAACUGGCAAGCUUCUUAAGGGCGGCGAAGCUGACGUCAAUACAGUGGCCAAAAUGAUUUUGAAUGAUUUCCAACGAGGCAAGCUGCCAUACUUUGUUGCACCACCGAGCAAGGUAGGUUUUGUGAAAGGAGUAGACUCUGAGGUUAAUGACGAGAAAUUAGAUGUAGCCGAGAAGGAAACUAGAACAGAAAACGCUAAGCAAGGAAACGAAAGAAGUGUUCAAAACGGUAGCCGUUUAGUCGGCAAAGAACCUAACUCCCCAACGGACUCGGAGCCAGAGGCUCAAACAGCUCUAGAGACAAAUGAUACAAGUAAAACUCAGGAAAAGUGUUCGUCAGAGACCGCAAGAAUGAAGCCUGGAGAGAAUAAAACGAUUAACGACGACUGUGUUCAGAAGUCAAAGAAUGUAAACUUACAUGUGAAACAGGAUUUCAGUGCCAUUAAUGUUGGACUUGAAUAUACUGGUGAAGAUGUGCAGCCUUUGGAAGAAAUAAUUAAAGGUGACGAAGGUAAAGAAACUGAUGGAAACACUGAUUCUGAGGAUGACAGUGAUGAGGAAGGGGAAGAAGAAGGAGAGGAUGAAAUGAGGGAUGAUGAACAACAAGAUGACAUUAGAGCAGCGUACGGGAAGUACGAAGAAGAGGAGUUAGGAAGCGAAGAGGAUGAUGACACGGAAGAAGAGCAAGAGGACGAACAAGAACAAGAAAAAGAUCAAAUUCAACAACCACUUGAGAUUGAUGAGAGUGCAAACCAGGACGAGUGUAGCGAGGAUAGUGACAAUGACAGAGUAGAAAGUGACGAUGAAUCGUCAGAUAGUAAAGAAGAAACAAAAGAAAAACCUGGUCCUUUGAAAGAGUCAUUAAUCAAGAUAGAUAGGGAGACUGAAAAAAAGAAGCAAAAACUGCUCGAAAAAUACAAAAAGUUACAAGGAGUUGAAAAACUACCUUCUCACCGAGCACAGGAGUGGACUACACCCACUGAACAGCGAUUUUCUGUUAGCGUGAGCCCCUACAUCGCUUGCGUUGAAGCGGAAGGAAGUGAAAAAGGCACUAGCAAAGAACUUGACAAGGAACUGAAUGUAAAUAACACUCCACGAGCUCGUCCGGACAGAUUAAUGAAAGCAGCAAGAGAAACAAAAGGCGUCAGAAAGAAUAUGAAAAUAGAUUCUAGAGGCACUGAUAGAAGACGCGGGAAACGCAAAAGUGACGACGACAGCGAAGAUGAUGACUCGCCCAAACCAAAGGCACCGCGUCUGAAGACGAACAAACAGAAGAUUGGUGUCCGUUACUACGAGAAGGUUAAUGUUAAAAACAAGAACCGUGACAAGAAUACGAAACAUCGGGAGGAACAAACAAGAAAGAAAGGAAAGAAAAGAAAAUGACCUGAUUAACUCUGAAGACAAUUGAAUACAAUGUAGUGGCGUGGUUGCCAAGGAUCGGAAUAGUAAUAAAAAAAGAUUACCUUUCAAAGUCUGGCAAAGUGUAGGGAAGUUAUAGAAAUGUGAAUGUAAAGUCGAGGAAAGUUAAAAAUAAAAGUAAUUCGCACAUCCA